UGAAUUUCGUUUGAAAUGCAUUCUGGGAUACUUAAGGCGAAGUCCAAACAAGUCGUCACCAGAAGCAAGAAGAUAUUCGCUUACUUUGAGCGUGUUUUGAAUUUAAAACAUAUUUGGGCUGUGACUCAAGUCUGUCAUAAGUCCGCACGAUCACGGGUACUUCGAGAAACAAAACUGACCACCAGACUCAUUCUCUUCGAAAAGAUGUCCUCUCAAGUGAGACUGAAGCUGCUGCCAAGCAUCAAAUGUAUGUUUGAUGAGCCCAUUCAGGUGAAGGUGGCCGGGCUGAGGCCAAGGCAGGUUGUCAGCAUGAGGGCCAAAUUAACUGAUGAUAAAGGAGUGGUGUUCAGCUCCUCGGCUACCUACAGGGCUAACGGCAAUGGGGAGGUCGACCUGAAAAGAGACCCCUCGUUAGGUGGGAGCUACGUUGGAGUAGAACCCAUGGGUCUGCUGUGUUCCAUGAGGCCACUUACUAUGCACAAAAUAUAUCUAAAGACAAAUGCCAUAAACCCCCAGGUGGUGAAGUUUUCUGUGCAUGAAGAGGAGGGCAGAUUACUGGCAGAGAUGACAAAUGAGAGGCUUCUGAUGAGAGAUGGGGUCACCAGGGUCCCCGUCAAUGAAGGGAACAUCUGUGGCGUCCUGUUCACUCCUCCAGGAAAAGGUCCUUUUCCUGCUGUGUUGGAUUUGCCCACCUCAGUAUCUGAGGCAAGACCCAGUCUACUGGCUAACAAAGGCUUUGUGGUUCUCUCAAUGGCGGUGUACAAUAAGAAGGGUGAAAACUCCACAGAGACGCAUCUGGACCACUUUGAAGAAGCAAUGAAUUUUUUAAAACAGCAACCAAAGGUGGGCAGUAAAGGAGUUGGCAUAAUGUCAAGAUGCAAGGGAGCAAAUAUCGGACUGUCACUCGCUGCUUUUGUGCCAGGUGUCGAGGCCAUAGUGUGCAUGAAUGCCUGUAACGCCAAUGUAGUCACUCCUCUCUACUACAAGAAACGGCAGAUCCUGUCAUCAUUACUGUUUGAUGAAAGCAAGUUUAUUACCACUGAAUCGGGUGCAGUCAUUGUAAAGGAUGCUCUUGAAGAUCCCCUGGCAGAGAAGAACAAGGGCAGCCUCAUCCCCAUUGAACGAGCCAAGACCCAUUUUCUUUUUGCGGCUGUAGAGGACGACCUCAACUGGGACAGCAAAGCCUACAUGGAUGAAAUGGUGGUGAGACUUAAGCAUCAUGGGAAGGAGAACUUUGAGACUGUUUUUUACCCUGGAGCUGGACACAUGUUGGAGCCACCUUAUGCACCCCACUGCCCCUCCAGCUUCAAUGCAGGUGUAGGCAAGCGAGUGCUGUGGGGAGGGGAGCCCAAGGCCCACAUAGCAGCUGAGAUCCACCUGUGGAAGAAGAUCCAGGAUUUCUUCAAAACUCACCUGAGUUGUGAUGCAACACAGAAUAAAGCCAAAUUAUAGAUUCAAACAGGAUGAUUAGAAAGCUUGAGUUACAGAAACAUAAAUCAUGACAGCAAAUUGACUGUGUGAAAAUCACAUUUUAUAAUUAAUAUAAUAGCUUUUAAUGUGACAAAUUGAAAUUUUAGGUGAAAUUAUGCUUUGCACAUGUUAUACAUCUUCCCCUCCUGUAUCUCCUGAGCCCUGUACUCGUGUUUCAUUUUUUGUACUUUUCUUUAUAAUUUUUUGGGAUUGUCACUUGAUCUUCUGUCUUCUUAUCCUGGUCUCUACAGUCAGCUAUGGUUUAUUUCCAAUCGGCCUUCUUUUAGUGUUUCAAUUAAAUUACUUUUUAUUUGUUUUGGCUGUGCAACAAUGUUGUGCAGAUGAAUCUUCUCCCCUGGUGUUAUUGGCACGCACUGUACAUUUAUUCAGUCAUGAGAGAGAUAAAUGCUGAAUGGUUAAGAAAGGAAAUAAAAAAUGGGGAUUGAAGUGCACAACAUUAAAUGGCACUGUCAUCAUCACAGUGCCAAAAACAUUAUAUGGUGAGUGUAGAUACAUGUUUUUAAAAUCUUUGUAUAACGCUGAUUUUGUUAUUUGAUUCCACAUUACUGUAGUUAUUUUUUGUAAAUCGAUUUUUAAAUUUUUGUUUAUUUUGUAAUUAAAAAAACAAAAAACAAGCAUGUUAAAACUGUUAAAGCCUAAAAAACACCAUGUAGUGAGCUCACAAAUAGACCUCAGUUUAAAGUUUAAUUUACACAGUUUCCUUUCUGAGAUACCAGCAAAUUAAAAAGAUGACCUAGGAAA